UUUAACUCCUGCUUCUAUUCCGCAGAGGUAUCAUGCAUAAUUUUCAUAAAAGAGCAAACUUUCUUUUUCUCGUCUCUCUCUGCCUCUUUCUGAGGUGCUAGUCGGAGAACUAACAAAAAAGAAAAAUGGAAAACGAAAACAGCAACAGUUGAAGAAUAGGUGCGAUGCAGCUGAUCAUGAUCUAUCUAACGAAGUUGGCGUGUUCCUGAAACCACUGAGAAAAGCCCCACACACACACACACCUAGAGAGAGAAAUGGGGCAGAGAGAGGAGCUACAAAACAAAGCCAUUCUUUAAGAAAGCCGCUCUCAUUCUCAUUCUCAUCCUCAUCCGCUGUUGUGUGAGCGAGAGAAGGUAUCUGCCAAAGGGAUCGUUGUCGGCACUUUAAUACCUACCAUAUACCUUUAGUAUCAGAUCGAGCUUUCCUGCUCUUCAUCUCAUCCGAAUUUUUAGAUGCUUACCAUUGUUGGUCUUUCCUACUUUCCUGAUUACGAUCCAUUCACUCUCAGAACUAACCACGCAUAUUACUUACGGAUGAUCUUGCAAUAGAGUCGUGAAAGCUCCUGAAAUUUUUCUUCCGAUAGUCCGGGGGGAAAAUCCUUGACGUUCGAGAGUGAUAGGGCCAAAAAGAGUGAUUGUCUGACGGAAAGAAUUCAAAAUGAGUUGGAACACACACAUGGAGGUCCACUGCAACAAUAUCAGUUACCCCUACAAUACAGCAGGAAGCUUUAUUGAAUAUUUUGAAGGUCUAACCUACGAACACGUCAAUUUCAUUUUUUCUGGUGCUUCACAUUCUCAGGAGAGCUUGUACCCAUCAACUACAAGUUUCUACAAGUUUGGCCUAGCUGAGCCUGAGAAUACUUCAUAUUAUCAUUACAGUGAUGGUUAUGAGGUGAAUAGUCAUGACCGACGGGUGGAUGAGCACAGAAGGCCUUUAGAGAACACAUCAAUAUUUGGUGAACAUGCUGCAGCAGAAAGUGCAGAAUGGGGUGAAGGUGUGAACACCACUGCUCGAGACAAUUCUGUUGAAUGUCCAAGAAGACAUCAUCGUUCCCAUGACUAUCAGGUCACUUGGCAAGACAAUAUUGAUCUUGACAACAUGUCCUAUGAGGAAUUACUUGAGUUAGGGGAGGCUGUUGGAAGUCAAAACCGUGGUCUCUCCCAAGAACAGAUCUCUUUGCUUCCAGUUUCAAAGUACAAGUGUGGGAUUUUUUCACGCAAAAAAUCACGGGAUGAGAGAUGUGUGAUUUGCCAAAUGGAAUAUAGGAGAGGGGAAAAACGGAUCACCUUACCAUGCAAACAUGUCUAUCAUGCUGCGUGUGCAACAACAUGGCUUAGCAUCAACAAGGCUUGCCCUAUAUGUUACACGGAGGUGUUUGCUGAUACAUCAAAACGCAAAUGAUCACCAGCCAGUGAAUGCAAGAGAUCUGCACCCAUUCGUGUUUCCCUUUGGGUAUCUAGGUGGAAACAAAAUUAUUUGGUUUCUUUUUCCUGUCAGGUAUUAUCUCGUGGGGUUUCUAGAAUCUACUGCGUGCACAUGAGAGCUUUAACGUGGGUUAGCUCUAGGGGGUGGGGGGAGAGAAUAAAAAAUGGGUCUAUGAACAUGCAUGAUAGUUGUGUUGGAGAGGCUGGAUUUGUUAUCGUAUUUUUAUAGCGUGCCUUCGUUUCACCUGCAUAUGUCAACUCGACAUGUUGCCACAACUUCAGGCUAUUUUAACG